AUGCGGAAGUUCUGUGAUAAAUAAAUCAGCGUUGACUUCUGGUUUCACAUGGGAGAAGAGCAGCGGUCUCCUGGUAUAGCUGUGGAUGGUGUAUAAGAACAGCCUGACCAGUCAGGUGAAACAACUAUCAAUUGCAUUAUGGGAAAUGUAGGAUCCAGUGUUUUUGGAGCUUGACCCGUAGGAACUAAUAGUCAGGAUAUCUCGUCCUCUGCUGCUUCGAUUUUGACCAUUCUUUUUUCUAAUCUGUCUCGCGCAAGUCAGCCAACUUCAUUCAAGUGAAACACUAAAUUGUUGGAAUACCCCUUUAACACCCCAAUCUGACUAUUCCUUUAAUCUCAACUCAAUUAUAUUGAGCAGAUAGUGUGUAAUGAAGUGAAACGGCGAGACGAGCAGGUAAAGAGAGACAGACAGAGAGACAGACGGGUAUUUUGUCUCUCCUCCGGCUCGUCUAGUUGCCGGGGCGACCGGUCCGGCCUGGCCUGGCUCGAUGCUCGAGUACGAGAAGAAAAAAAACAAAGAAAAGACCCGAAAAGAAAGAAAAGCGCCACAAUCAAUGAGACCCUUUUUGUUUUAGUGGGAACCCCCUUUUACCCUCGACGACACACACACUGAAACACACGGACAGAGGAACAGGAUGACUGAAUUGGUGUGUGAUUGUGUGUGUGUGCCUUUGUGUCUGACUCCCUCUCCCUCUCUGUGUGUGUGACUGACUUUAUUUAAGACAAGGGCCCUUUUGUUUUAAGCCGGAGAAUGGCUCUGAGACCGAGGCUGGCCCUGUAAUUGGCCUACUUAGGCCCUGUUUAGCAUGAGAAAAGCCUUCCUUGGCCCGGCAGUGCCAAGCUAACUCUUGUUUUGAGCCACAGAGAGGAUGGACGCGCUGAUCAGAAUUCAGAUUAGCCCGAAAAACAUCCACCACCACCACCAUCCCCUCCAAACACACACCCCCAUCCUCUGCUUUAAAUACACUGCACACUAAUUACUUAACGAGAAAGCUGGGAAAAAAAUCUACACUUUAACGGAGUAGUGGUGGAGUCUAUUUAAAGGAGGGGGAGGAGGGGUUCGCAGGCUCUUUUUCACCUCUUCCCUCCUUGCUAACUUUUUGUGCCACUUUAAAAAAAAAAAAAAAAAAAAGACCCUCUCCUCCAUCCUUCUCUCCGUCUUUUAUUCUCGCGCUCUCUUCUCUCCAAAUCAGCCCAGACGCCACUUGUUGCUGCCGAAUCAUUGAACUUAAUUAGCGGGGACAAUGUGUGAGCGGUUUGCUAAGUUUGAGCCGUAAACAGAGUCACGGUUAGAGGAAGGGAAAGAGCGGCAGAGAGGAGAAGUUAGACUCUGAGCCGUGGAGCUGUGAGAUGAACGUCUCCACGCUGAGCAGCAUGAGGUCGCUCUCAUGGAGUCGAUACUGGGUGGCGAGAUGGGUUUGGGGAGUCCCGGCGCAACGUCGCCCAACAAGCCGGCCGGUCAGUACUACCAACACUACGGCUCCAACCCGCGGAGGAGAACGCUGCCUAUGGACACCAUGGAGGUUCACCCAAAGAAAGUGCGGAAGGUCCCUCCCGGCUUGCCAUCCUCAGUGUACGCUCCGUCUGCCAGUACAGCAGACUACAACAGGGACUCACCGGGUUAUCCCUCCUCCAAACCUCCCAGCGCUGGCUUCCCAAGCUCAUUCUUCAUGCCAGACGGUCACCACAGUGGCGAUCCCUGGAGCAGCAGUAGCAGCAGUAUGGGCCAGCAGGGUUACCACGGCAGCAUGCUGGGGGGCGGGAACUCUGCCCACGGCCCCUCCCAAAGCUCCUCCUCCUACUGCGGGAUUCACCCUCACGACAGAUUGAGCUACCCGUCGCACUCGUCUGCAGAUAUCAGCUCCAGCCUUCCUCCUAUGUCCAGCUUCCACCGAGGGGGAGGGAGCGGCGGCGGCGGGGGCGGGGGCGGCGGCGGGGGCGGCGGCGGCGGCGGGGGAAGUCACUACAGCACCGCCUCUUGCACCGCUUCCACCAACGGCACAGAAAGCCACAUGGCUCAGCGAGCGCCGAGCGCAGCAGCCAGCAGCUCUCAGACAGGAGACGCCUUAGGGAAAGCACUCGCAUCCAUUUACUCUCCGGACCAUACGAACAACAGCUUCUCGUCCAAUCCCUCCACCCCAGUCGGCUCCCCGCCCUCCCUCACAGCUGCCAGUUCAGCUGUCUGGUCGAGGAACGGCGGACAGGGAGCGACGUCGCCAAACUAUGAGGCUCCAUUGCACUCUCUGCAAAGUCGUAUCGAGGACCGUCUGGAGCGUUUGGACGAUGCCAUCCACGUGCUGCGGAGCCACGCGGUGGGACCGUCGACGGGUAUGCCCAGUGGGCACGGCGAGAUGCACAACCUCAUCGGGGCAGCACACACGCACAACGGCGCAAUGGGCGCUCUGAGCAGCGGGUACGGUUCGGGACUGCUGUCGGCCAACAGACACUCCCUCAUGGUGGGCUCUCACAGAGAAGACGGCAGCAGCGUGGGCGGUUUGCGUGGCGGACACUCGAUGGCGGGUCAGGGGCCGGGGCCUCAGCUGCCAGCUCAGUCGGCCACCUCGCCGGACCUCAACCAGCCCGACCCGUACCGCGCCCUGUCCGGAGGCCUUCAGGGCCAGAGCGCCUCAUCCGUCAGUUCGGAGAUCAAAUCAGAGGAUGAGGGGGACGAGAACCUCCUGGACUCAAAGUCCCGGGAUGACAAGAAGGAGGACCUGGACAGCAAGGACCUUAAAUCAAUUGAGAGCAACAACGACGACGAGGACCUGUCUCCGGAGCAGAAGAUGGAGAGGGAGAGGGAACGGAGGAUGGCGAACAACGCACGGGAACGUCUGCGCGUCCGCGACAUCAACGAGGCGUUCAAGGAGCUGGGCAGGAUGGUGCAGCUGCACCUGAAGAGCGACAAACCUCAGACCAAGUUACUGAUACUGCACCAGGCCGUCGCCGUCAUCCUCAGUCUGGAGCAACAAGUCCGAGAGCGAAACCUGAACCCCAAGGCAGCCUGUCUGAAGCGUCGCGAGGAGGAGAAGGUCACCGCGUCAUCGGACGGGGCUCCCCUCUCGUUGGCCGCCGCGCACCACGCCGCCGCCGCCAUGGGCGACGGGUCGAACCCCUUGGGACAAAUGUCCAAGGUGCCAGAGUUCAUCAAGAUGAUGAGUGACCACUUCCUCUGACAGCGUUUCCAGGACAACCCGGCAAUCGAUCAACCCCGUUGUUGCUUCAGCCUGACCAAUCAGAUUCUCUGGAUCUUCGGCCUGACCAAUCAGAUCAGCCUCCUUCUCUCCUCUCGUCUGUCUCUGAUCCUCCUCUUCACCUUCGUCUCUCUUCUUCUGUCGAGAACACAAACUGCAGAGUCACAUUAGUCGCUUUCGUCACUUUGCAUCUCCAGCCGAAGUGAACUGGAUGCUACUUUGUGGAGACGUUAAACGGCCGCUGUAACAUGGCUGCUACAAAGUGGGAGCUUUUGACACAAAGUGACAGCAAAUGGACAAACGUCUUUGGAAUCACAUCAUCCAAGAAAUUCUUCUUCUUGUACUACUUGUUUUAUCAGCAUUCCCAGUUUUAAAGAACAAAAGGGUUCUAUAUAUAGUAUAUAUAUAUAUAUGAGAAAUGGAAAAAAAAAAUGACAACAAACUUGUUAAAAAAGUGCAACUGGACGCGGGCAGUGAGGAGGGUACGGGUUGGGGAGGGUUGUUCAGAACGGAGCAAAACAUAUCAAGUGUUUAAAGAGUUUGUUUUUUUUAAAGCAACAUUGUGCAGCUGUUGUUGAAUGCAGCUUCAGCGCGUCUCUGACUGAAUGGCAAUCUAACGCCACACUGUGGAUGAAGCUGUGCCUGAUCUCCUCUUGGAUGCAAACCAGUCAGAUAGAUACACACGGAGAAGCAAAGCAAACAAAACAAAAGAACAGGAAAAUUCCAAGAAGUAUCACGGAAGCAAGCUGCCCACUCAUACAUCCCCUUACAAACCAUGCAUUCUCACAGAUUGAAGUAUAAAUUAAAACCUAGAAGAUAUUAGGUGCUUGAUAUGCUGAGUCAUUUGAACAACAAAUUAAGUUCGCAAACGCUUUUUGACGAUCAUAUAUGCCUAGAAAGAAACGGGGCUAAACAGGAAAAACAGGGGCAACUCGUUCUUCCCCUUCUAAUGCAUUCCCUCUUAACCUGCAAACAUUUACAGUAGAUUGUCAGUGUAAAAAAAAAAGAAAUCUGAACAUGUUUAUGUAUCUUUAUUAGUGUUUUGGCAAAAUUGUACGAACUGCUAACUUUUUAGUGUGAUCACAAAUUCAAAAUCCUGGACAGUUGUACCCAAAUGGCCCGUGUGUAUCUACUGGGAGGAAGAGAGUACCUAAAGAAUCAAUCAUUGAAUCAGUUUAUCAAUCAAUCAGCGAGUGAUUCCAGAGGGACUGGGGUGUUUAAAUUAUUGAAGGUAGAGGAAUUACAGAAGAAAAAACACAAAUGAAGAAUCAUGCAGUAAUGAAAAGUGUACUUCUAAAUGCAGCAGGAAGGUUUCUUGUCAUCUUCAUUUGAGAUUGUUAUCGCGGGUUUGUAGUGCAAAUGCAAAAACGAGCUCCAGCAAACAUCCCGCGCCAGAGUCUUUUGUCAGAUAUUCGUCAACAUGGGCACUAGGUAGAGCAGGCAGAGUUUGAAAUGGUGUCCAGGCCUUUGCUGAAAUCGGAGCACUGCUGGGCAGCUGGUUGAGACGAUGGACAGAUGAUACAAAUGGGUCGCUGGAUGAGAGAGAAGAAGGGGCAGGACUGAGCACUGAAGUGAAUUCUAUUCCACGUUUAGCACAUUCCCUGAAUCACGAUCGCUCUACUUGAAUCGAGUGGUCCGGAUGUCCCGAAGGCCUGAAGACGUUUUGGGAGUCAUGGAAGAGUAAUUAUUUAAGUGGGCCAACAUCCUGAGGAGCUAGAGAUAAGAGGGAGAGGAGGAAAAAAUCUAGAGGUCUAAAUGAUGAAGCAAGGGAACAAUCAUCAUGGUGAAGGGGUGUAUACUUUUCUUCUGGGGGCCAAGCAGCAGUAGUCAAAGCAUUCCUAAGUUGGUUUCAUUAGGUUCCCUCAUUUCCUGGUUUAGUAUCUGGCCGAUCAUAACCCCUCAACCUCAGACUGCCCUGCCCUGAGUAACAACCUUGGGGGACUUUCUGAUUGACACGGGCUGUCUUGUAAAAUAAUAGACAAGUUCAUUGUAGUUGAGAUGUCUGUUUUUGGGACCAUUAGCAAAUUUCAUUGGCCUUGCAAUCCUUCAUUGUAGAGACUAAAGACUCAAAUCAUUCAGCAUGAGUCUGGCAUGCCCGACGUAGGGUCCAGACAUUCUGAUAACCUUGGUUUGCUCAAUAUACAUGUAAAUUCAAAACAUUUGUUAAAAUUCUGCAUAUUUGAAUCAAAUGAAACCAGAUCAGUACUCUACUACGUCUGGGGAAGGUCCAAUCCACAAGCCCAACCACUAAUACAGUGUAUCACUUAAGAACUCUUGUACUCAGACCUACCCAGGUUUCUUGGGUAGAAGUUCAGAAGAACAUUGACUUGGGAGUGAUACCGGAUUGGGAAAGAAAGUAAUAGGAUCAGGACAAAGGCAGGACUGGCAUGUCAUGAUCGUGACCAUGUGAGAACUGGAAUUAAUGAAUCAGGUCCGGAUAGGUCAGGAAAAUAAAUGUAAUGUUUAUUGCGUCGGUAUGCAUCAAGGUUUACUCUCCGGCAGCAGGCGAAGGUAAUUUGAAUAUCUGCAAGGACGUCUAUUGUUUUCUGGUGUCAAUCUGAAACUCCCCUUUCACCCUUGCCCCAGUUUGAAUCUUCCACAACCCAGGCCUAUGUUUAAUACCCAGUCCCAGUUCUGUCUUCUCUGCUGACCCUAGCCUUACGAGCCCUAAACCAGAGCCCUAGCCCCUCUCCCCAGCCUCGUGCCCCACCUAAGCGGUCCCACAGAUGCAAUUUGAACAUUCACACUUCUACCAAUGUGCCUUUUUAGAGUUCAUAUCAUUCGAGUUGCCAGAGGAGGACAUUUACCUGGUCUUUUAAUAGGAUGCAAGCUUAGGGAAACCUGUUCUUAGUCGUUAGGUUCUAUGCAGUCAGGUUUUUUACCAGACCUGGGAAUUUAAAAAAAGCUAAAAAGGAAAAAAAAGUAUUUUUUGGAUAAAAAACUAAACUGUAUUUAAUGUACUGUACGCUUAUAUGUAAGUAGACAACGUGUUCUGGCUUCGAGCCAAUGAGACAGACGCUUGAUUUAGCAAGACGAACCCCCAUCCCAAACCCCCCAACCCCACCCCCAAGUUCUCCAUAACCCCCAACCCUUCCUGUUACAACCCCCAGCCCUGUUUCCAUGGUGAACAACGCGUCUCUUCUUGUAUUAUAGCUUAUCAGCUUUUUAUCAAUAUUUGAUCGGCUUGUCCGUAAGCCAAUGUAGUCUUCAGUACAAAGUGUGUGGUCGUAUGUUGUAAAACAGAUUUUCUUUUUUUUCUCUCUCUCUCUCUCUCUUUUUUAAGAAGAAUCUUUUCUCUUAUUACUUUUUCUUUGUCUGUUCUGGUUUACAUGUCUAUUAUAGAAAAUGUAAAAAAACAAAACAAAAACAAAAGCAAAAAAACAACACAAUUCGCAAUCCGACAGCAUUGUUCUCUGUCGUUGGUCAUUUUGACGCGGUUAAAAUCGUACCCAAUCAACAGGAAGGCACGGAAACUGGAAAAGAAUCUAUUUGAAUAAAUCAAUCUAUAUAUAAAUGUACAAAAAAAAUAUAUACGAUAUAUAAGGAGGGUGCCCUUUUCUGUUAUUUUUUUAUUUUCUGUUGCAGAGGAGUGUUUGCUUGGGGAGGAAUUAUUUUCUCAAAGACUGAACUGGCAGAAGUUGGCGAGGCCCCUCAGUGUUAUAAAUUUUCAACUGACUUUGUUGUGUUCUCCGAUGUUGCUAUGACAACACCCUCUGACUAGUACGGCACCCUGCGCAGGACAAAAAUGGGACCGGAGUUCCAUCAGCUCCAUUCACUGCUAUCUAUCCAAGGCAACAACACACAGACGUUUGUAAAUUGUAUGCAACAAAAUGGCAAACUUUACCAUUAUUUUGAAAUUGUGUAUGUAAAAGUUAUAUUUUUACAUGUAGACUGUUGUUAUUUUGUGUUUUAGAAAUAUGUUGUAUCGGUUUUUUUGUUAAAAUAUGAAAAAGUAAAAUUCAGUGUGUGUUGAAAAAAUGUGUCACAUUGAAAAUGUAGUGAGGUCAAAGGUUCAGAAUCAUUUUUUUUUAUUAUUGUUUUUCGACAUUAUGUUUAUAUCUGUGGAGAACAUUUUUUGAGGGUUUGUGGGAGGAAUCAGAAAUCAUAAAAGACAUGAUAUUUGUUUAAUUCUCCAUGCCUCAUGACAUUGCCAUUUUUAAAUGUAUUUUUUGCAGAGAAAUUUGUAAAUAGUCAUAAAACAUUUUCUGUGGGGUUUCUGUGGGGUGAGGACUUGCCAGUGAGAGGCGACGAUGAUGAACUUGUUUUGAUUUUUAGUGAGGUUGUAUUCGUCCGGUUACAGUAGACAGGUGCCAACAUUUAGUUUCAGUCAGUGGUGCUCAGUACUGUUUGUGGUAUUGGUUGACCAUCUGAAGUGUGUAAGUCAAAUUAUUGUCUUUGCUUGCACCAAGAAUCACUGGUGUCAGAGCCGGAGUGGGUCCUUUUAUUUGCCAUCUAAGGAAUAUAUUUUGAUUUUCAAAGAGCAAAACAAGCAGGUAAAACUGGUAAAAAAAAAAAACUGUUCUGUAAAAUGCUAUUCUUAGGGAAAGUGCAAAUGCAAAUUCAUAAAAACACAGGUUAUCAUAACUCAAAAAUACCUGAGUUUGUUAUGCAAAAUUCAUUUUGAUAAUCAUAAAUAUAUAACAAAUAAAAGUUGGUUAUAACUUAAACCUAUAACCUUUUUCAGAAAUUGUUCUAGGGUGGUAUAACAAAAUUAAUGAUUUUAUGUUUGAUUACAUAAAUUAUGACAAAAACUUAACUGAGGUACGUACCAAAAUAAUUCAUUUUAGUUCUACCUGGUGGCUUCGGGCCGGCUCUGACUCCUGUGCAUUAAUAUCUCUUCAAGAUGGGUUGUAGAUGUUGAUUAAAUGAAACACCCUCAGCACCUGAUUCAAGAUUAAUAUAUGAACAUUUUGUAAAAGAUUGGAGUGUCACUAAUAUAAAAAAGCAGGUCGUCAGCAAACAAUCUUAUCAGCUAUUUCCCCAAAAAGAUAUCAGAUCAUGUGCAAGGCAGUUUCAGUCAUUUGUUUUUAGUGUUUGCCAUUAAAAUUGAGCUUUUUGUCAAAAGGAAAAGCUGCUUUGAAUCGGACCUAGGUAAAACACUAGGAUUGAAUCUGUCAGUGUAAGUGCUAAAUGUAUUUUUUACGUAAUGUUAUUUUUGCGAUGCUUCAUUUCGUAUUUUCUCUUUGUUGUAUAAUCAAUUCAUCUCCCGAAUUACAGUAUCUUCAUUUUUAUGUUACCCCUAAUGUUUCUAUUAGCCACAAUGUUAACUUUUUUUUUUUCUUUUCCCUCCUUGUUGUACAUACACACCUCAUUUCUCUUUUUCAGUGACUGUGCCAUGAGCUUUGUAAUCUGUUACUCUGUACCAGUUUUACUGCAAUAAUGAGUUGAAUUCAAAA